AUGUCACGUCACGACACUAUGUUUACGCCGAACGACAUUCCCCCGUCCCUCGAAACAGCCCCAACCUUCCGCCCUCCCCCGGCAAACGAGGCCGCACAGAGCGCAAGCGCGUACGACCUCGUUCCGCCGUCCCUCGAAUCGGUCCCGACCUUCCGCCCGCCUCCCGCCGAUGGCGCAUCCUCACAGAGGCUUGGCAUUCCACGAGGGAAUGGAAAGGCUUCGGAUUUAAAUAUCUCAAUUUCUCUCUCCACCAAUUCAAGGGAGACUCAGGGCGGAGGUAUUGAUCCUAACGGGGGCGACUAUAACGAAGAUGAUGACCGGGAUGGGGCGUUAUCCCCUGCUACUCCAACUUUCACCUCGUCAGGCGUGAAAACGAUUCGCCCUGCAAGAAGCCCCGGCCACGUGGCACAUCCAGAAACAUCCGCUGGUUUUAAGAUCCCAUCCGCUCCCCCCAGCCAUGCAGUCCCCCCCGACCGCCCUCCGCGCAGCUCCUCCCGCGGCCCGCGCGACCUCUCCGCGCUCACCAUCAGCUCCCCCCAUCCCAGCAGCUCCGCGCGCACCCCGCGCGACCUCUCCGCGCUCACCGCGCUGCUGGAGCCUCCGCGGGAGAUGCGCCACAGCGGCAGCUUCCGCAGCAGCAGCGCGAGCGGACCAGGCGCAACCCCCAGGGGGAUGAGGAGCGGAAGCUUCCGCGCAAGCACCCUCCGCAGCAACAGCAGCAGCGGGGGCGGAGGCGGUGUGGGCGGCGGGGGUGUAGGGUUAGGGGGAGGGAGCACCGGUGGCAGGUCGUUUAGAAAAGCUCUGUCUUCAAGUGCGAAAAUGUUGAACGCUGUUCCUGCUGUUGGCGAAGGCGUUGGCGAAAGUGGUCCUUACGGUAACCCUAGGGCUACCAGACCAGCUACUUCGUACAGUAAAUCCCCCACGCGGCGAAGGCUUGCCAGCUCCCAUGCGUCCCGGUCUAGACGAAACCUGCUCCCACCAGCAGCACCAACAGGAGCAGGAGCAGCAGCAGCAGCAGCAGCAGCAGCAGCAGCAGCAGCAGCAGCAGCAGCAGCAGGAGCAGGAGCAGGAGGAUCAACAGGAGCAGAUGCAGCUGGAAUGGAAAACGGUACUGAGAUGGCUGAGAGUGUUUUCCCUGAAGCUGACUUGCUAGUCCUAGACGAUCUAGAAGGUUUGGAAGAGGACGGGGAGGAAGAGGAGGAGGGAGAAGAGGGAGAGGAGGGAGGGGAGGAGGAAGCAGUGGGUGGUGGGGAGGAGAGGGGUUAUCUAAAGGAAAGGGCGUAUUUAGAGGGGAGCUACGAGGCUCAAGCUGCUGCCGCUGCUGCUGCCGUGGCUGAAGCAUCUGCAGCGCUCGCUGCGAAAUCUCCUCGGUUUUCCAAAGCCACUCCUCGUUCGUUCAGCUCGCAUCGCUCGUUCAAAUCCUCUCGAACCCUCAAGUCCCCACGAGACCUACGCUCCCCUAGACUAGCUGCCUCGUCCUCUUUCUCCCACUCUCCCCCUCACUCCUCUUCCCUCCACCCCUCUUCCCUCCACUCCUCUUCCCUUCACUCCUCUCCUCUUCAGUCAUCCUCCUCUGUACGCUCCCCCACUUCCCGAGGCUACCCCGCCCGCACCCCAAGGUCGUUCCGAACCUCCGCCAGCUCCAGGUUCGGACAAACCGAGCCUGAUGGAGGGUUUAAGGAAGCAGAGGGUGGUGCUGACGGCAGCACAGGGCCUGCUGACGACAUAGACGAUCUUGUUCCUGAAUCUCCCGCCUCCCCUCGCACCUCCUCCUACUCCUCUUCUUCCCUCCACACACGUCCAAGGUCCCCCCUCAAGAGUGACUUUAGCCGUGGUGACAGUAAGAAAAUCGCCACACGUGACUAUAACGAGGGGAAGGGAGGCCAGGAGGGGGUGCAGGAUAAGGAAUUGGAGCAGAGUUUUCCAGCCUUCCCUCGGGCAGCUUCCGAACCUAAGGCAGUUGCCGAAGCUGCUGCCGAAGCUGUGGGUGCCGAAGCUGGGUACGUUCGGCUGGCCACCGAAGCUCCGCGCCGAAGCAGCUUUGAUCUGGCGUCCCCUUUGGCCCAAGCCGUGCUGCCUCGAGAUGUUUCCAUGUUCCUGGGCGAGAGUGAGGGAGUGAGUGAGGGAGUGAGUGAGGGAGGGGUGCAGGAGGGCGGCAGCAGCAGCAGUGGCAGCAAGUCUAAGAGUGAGGAGAAAGAAAAGGAACAAGUGAAGGAUAAGAGUGACGAUAAGGAGAAGAGACGAGGAAGAGAGGGGGCUGCUGAGAAAGAGAGGGAGAUAUCGAAAAGCAAAGAUAGGCAUAAGGAGAAGAAGCGGGAUGAAGCGGAGAAGGGGGAGGGGAAGGAGGGAGAGAGGGAUGAGACGAAGAAGCAUUCGUCUCGUUCCAGUAAAAGCAGGUCAGAAGGAGAGUCGAGAAGAGAGCGGGAGAGAAGCAGCAAGGAAAGCAGCAAGGAAAGCAGUGAAGGUGACCUCAAGAGAAGUAGCAAGGAAAGCAGUAAGGAAAGAAGCAAGGGGAGCAGUAGGGCGAGCAGGGACAAGGAAACAAAGAGGAGCAAGGGCGGGAUUCAAGAAGGGAGGGAUCCAGAGGGGGAUGGAAGCAUGGACGCUAGUAUCGCAUCGGAGAGUGUGGGUGGCUCGAGCAGGCGAGGCGAGGUGGAGAGUCUAGAAGAGUCUGAGAGGAGUUGCAGCAUUGGAGAGGAUGGGUUUCACCCGGGGUUCUGGGAAACUCUUGCUGCCGGUGGCAGCACUGCUGGUACUUCUGGUGGUGCUGCUGCUGCUGCUGCUGCUGCUGCUGCUGCUGCUGCUGCUGCUGGUAAUGUUGCUGCUGAUGGUGCUGCUGAUGAGGAAUUAUCCACACGCAUGCCGCCUAAGACACCUAGAACCCUUUUGGGGGGUUUCGGGGGUUCAGGGUUCAACAGCCGCAGUACAGGCAAUAAAGACUCGCUCUCUAGACCGAGCACCUCGUCUCGGCCCUCCACCUCCCUCUCCUCGCGCCCCGGCACGUCUUCUCGCAAGGCCGGAGCGUCCAAUCUUAAUUUUGUCGAGAGCGAGUUUGAUGCGAUCGUGCAGGAGUUUUCCCGGUCGAAAUCGACGGUUUCUGAGUCAACUCAAAAGUUUUCCCGGUCGAAAUCAACGGGUGGGAGACGAGCGGGAGAAGGGAGGAAAGAGGGAGGAGGGGUGGUGGGGGAGGAGGGGGGGGAAGGAAAUAGGGGAGAGGAGGGGGAGGUAGAGGGCGAGGAAGAGGAGGAAGUGGGGGCGUAUGGGAAGGAGCCGGUGUUGAGAGGUGAAGGGAAGGAGGGGAAGGGUGAGGGGAAGGGUGAGGGGAAGGGGGAGGCGAAGGGGGGGAGGAAAGCGUCAGCAGGAGGGGCGGCUGGGCGUGCAGCAACAGCAAUGGCUGCCGCGUUUCGCGAGACGUCUCAAAGGGCUGUAGCAACAGCUUCAUUUGCACCGCCCCCCUCGCCCCGCGUGCUUCUAUCGAAGGUUGAGAAGCUAUGGAAAAACUCGGGGAGAAGGUCGCAAGGGAAAGGAGGAGGAGCAGGAGGUAGCGACUCUUCAGAUGUCCUUGUGAUUUCUCAUGAGGGGGAGGAAGAGACGGAUCCAGUGGAAAUGCUGAGGCGGGUGGAGGAGGAGCAAAAGAGGAGAGGAACUGCGGCGAGUGAGAUGCAGUAUCCGCUAUGUCCUUUAACGAAGCAGCCGCCGUCGCUCCCCACGGUCCCGUACCGCCGGUGCAUGGAUGCCGCUGCUGCGUCGUGCUGCACAGAUUGCAAGGAGAUUCAAAACGCGCUCGCGGGGGUGUCUGCGAACGUUUCGAUCAUCAUGCCGCAGCUGCUCACGCCUCUAGUACCCAUGAAUGAAGUCGACUACUCGGGAACUACGGCGUGCGACUUUCUGUACGGCUUGGACGACUGCCAGUUUCAUCUCGAGCAGCUCCUCUGCGCGUUAACCUGUAACCCCGAUUCCGGCAACUACGUGUUCGUGAAGGCCGGCAGACCCGUUCUGCGCGUGUGUCCGACGUACGCGCAAGAAGUGUUUGGGUACUGCAAAGACGUCUCACUGGGCACGGUGCUGGUCGGUGCAGGCUUUCCCACUAAGGAGAUCCUGCUCGGGCGCCUCUUCACUCCUCUCGUGCAAAAGCUCGGCAUUGGGAAUGUCGCCUUUAUCGUUUCUGAGAAAAACUGCUACGGUGGCCCUGCCGCCCUCCCGGAGCAACCCGCCUGCUGCGACCCGCUAUACGUCCCUAAGGAGUGCCCCUACGGCUCGGUAGACACUAAGAAAUACGCGGCCUCCAUAGGCCGUUCGAUGGACAGCGGCAAUGCAUCCAACGCUUGCCAAUGGUUCCCACUCCCAGAGGAUCCGAACCUUGCACCACUCCCUGAAAAUCCUCCUCUUCCUUAUAUUACCGGAGCGGCACAUGAGCCCCCACCUCCUGAUGUGGGUACACCUUGGGCCUCUGAGCCUGUGCCUAAAAGCAACCCAAGUGCGAUGACUUAUAAGGGGGCUGCACGUAUGGGAAUAGCUGGUGCAGCGGCGUUUGCAUCGAUUUUGGCUGCUGCUGUUGGUGUUUUAGCUGGUGGUUUUUAA